AUGUCUUGCAUCACCAGCUUCUUCCGCGGCAUCGUCCGCCUCUUCAACAAGAAGACGGCCCUCCCUGAUGAUCCCACUACCAUCUGGACUCCGCGUAAGUAUGUCGGCAUUAAGCCAAUCGUGGACACCUGUUCCCCUCAACUCGCCAAGCGAUACGCCUCCAAUGUCGCCAAGGAUCAGCAAGACCAGUGGUUUCGCAUCCACGACCAAGAGCAGCACCAACUCAACCACAAUGCAGCAGCAUGGACCGACCAGCGCCAAAAUAUGGAUCUCGCCGGCAUCGAGCUCCAGGAGAGCCACCGAGACGAGAAGAUCCAGCGCGAAGUCAUUGUCUCGAAGUAUCUGGCGCGCAAGCAACGGGCCAUGGGGCAGUUCUACCGAGACUGGCACAAGGACCCGACUACUAGUGACUUCCCCUUCUGGGGCAACUUGAAGUAUUUGUACGAUUACUAG